CGGGAGAGACAGAGGGAGCUGGAGCGGGAGAGACAGAGGGAGCUGGAGCGGGAGAGACAGAGGGAGCUGGAGCGGGAGAGACAGAGGGAGCUGGAGCGGGAGAGACAGAGGGAGCUGGAGCGGGAGAGUGUAGAAGAAUUGGAGAUAAUAAAGGAGCUGGAGGGAAGACAACUGCUUGAGAAACAGAAUGAGAGAGCGAGACAACAGCUUCAAAAGCAGAGACUGAGGGAGAAGAUGGAGAAAGAGGAGCAGGAAAAUAUGAGACAGGUAGCAAGACAACAGGAGGCAGAGAGACAGAGAAUCCUGGAGAGACAGAGGAGAGAGAACCAGGAGAGGGGGGUGCUGGACUCCUUACCUCUCAGACCUAAAGUGCUGGAUCUAGACUCUGUGUCUCUGGGUGACCUGCACUCCAGAGGCAGUCCCCACUCCCCUGGUGCCCGAUGGAAGCAUCCAUCUCCCCGGGGAGAGGACCACUACAGGCCUGGCAUCCUGGACAUAGACUCAUUCAGGUCCCAGACCCAGACGCAGCCCUCGCCCACUAGAGAGGUGUUCCCUAUUGCUGGCAUCAAGGGCUCAGACCCAGGUAGUGGGGUGAGAUCCCACACUCCAGAGAGGGAAGUUAGCCGUAGGGUGGGUGCAAUGGGGCGACCCAGCCCAGUGUGGGCCCCCUCUCAGCAGGAGCUGUGGGAGCAAAGGCUAGGAUUCAAUGAGGAAUCGGUGGAUAGGCCCAUGGCUGGACCAGAACCACCCAGGAAGCCUGCCAAUAAACCCAGCCUGGAGCAGCUCCUCCACAGGCAGUUGGACAGGGCCACGGCCCCCAUUCUGGUCCCAGAGAGACGCUGGUCUGGUAUGCCCAGUGAAGCAUCCUUCCCCAGGAGAGAGCCCCACAGCCCUAGGUCCCCCAUGGAGCAGACCUGGUUCCCGCAGGACUCAGGGCCCCAGGGGCACAGGGUAGAGGCCAGAGGACAGAGGAGAUCUCAGGGCUCCCAGGAGCUGAACCGGAUGAGGUCCCGCAGUGUGUCCCGUCGAUCGGCCCCGUCUGAGAGUGCUGUGGAGGGGAGCCUGUCCAGGAUGAGGAGCAGGAGUGCACAUAGAGAGAGGGACCGACAGAGCUGGGAGCAGUUGAAGCAGAGUGUGGAUGGUGAGGAAGAGGGGCGUGACAUUGACACACUGGUCCACGAGGCAGACAGCCAGUAUGGGACCUGGGAGACGGGACUGCGCACUGACGAUAGCCUGACUCCUGCCACGCCCACUUCAGACAGCAACCUCAGCCAGUCGCCUAGGGAACCCAUUCCACCCCACACACCAGGGGAACACAGCGACCUAGACACUCCAGAUGGCUUCUCCCCCUCGGUCCAGCCCGAGAUGCAACUAUUCCCCUUCCCUGAGGCCUCCACCAUCCUGCUAGACUCCAGUGCUCUGCGCUCCAGGGUGCAGCUGAGUAAGAUGCGGGGGCCACGUUCGCGCCCCUCCAGGGUGGCUCGUCAGACUGCUGCUAUGUCUGUACACCCUGAGGGACAGACCUCGCCCACUGAGGACUGGCGCUCCCGAGACUCAACAGAGGACCACAUUGAGUUUUCCAAGCAGGAGGACUCAGACUCUGAGGAGCAGGAGAGGGGAGUAGACCCCCGCUCUGCUGCUGCCUCCUCCCAGCCCCAGAGAGUCGCCCUCUUUCCUGGGAUGGACCCCUCCGCUCUCAAGGCCCAGCUCAAGAAGAGAGGAGACUCUGACAAUCAGACAGACGGAGCCGCCCCAUCUCCAUCUCAGCUGUCACGAUCUCCUAAAUCCCCCUUCCUGCCCCGGGUGUCCCGUGUGCUGCCCCCCUCUGGAGGGAAAGAAAAUGGGGAGGAGGCCUCACCACAGUGGCUGAGAGAACUGAAGUCUAAGAAGCGCUCGAGUCAGUAUGAAAAUGACAGCUAAGUGUGAAUGAGCAGGUUGCCUUAACUGAAUAAUCUGGUGGAGAAUUGGAGACAGAAGCCUUAACCUUUGACCCUGAGAAGAUGGAAACUCUGCUGCUGACAUUGUAAUUUGUCAUCGGUUUGUUAAUUUUAUCUGUUCUCUUCCUGCCCGGGUCGCAUACAUGUGCAUGGUGCCUUUUUGCAGACAACCUCGGUCUUAUGGAUGAAACGACCCAGGUUAAAUAUCUGGCUGCUCGGCUCCGUUUGUCCAUUUCCUUUGCAUAGAGCCACUUUACCCUCUCACCUGACAGGAGAAUACGGAAGGUGGGAAACCCUUUUUCUCCUGUCAGGUUGCAUUUCAGGACUGGUUAAACUUGUGGGACCACACGCCUCUUAACCUGGAAGUGCUUCAAUAAGCUGGAGGACAGUCUUGUACCUCCACAAGAUAUAAAUGUAUUUCUUUUUUUAAAUGUAUUUUUCAGGUUCGUCUACGCGUUACAUUUCUAUGUGUAUCUAUCAGUCAAGGGGUGUUGGUAAUAGUCAACAUAGGAUAACAUUUCUGAUUUUAUUUUUUGUCAUUGAUCAUAAAGAACAAAAUACUGCUGAACUCAUGUUUGGCCAGGCUGUAUAUUAUGUGUUAGUAAUAAAUAUGGUAUCUAAUCAUGAAAUAUUCUAUUUGUAUUGUUGCUAAUUUGACAGAUGAAUCAUAACAUGUCCGAGUGUUUAGUUUUGUACGGAGAGCAUUGCAAGUAUCACUACAGCAGAGGCUCCCAAGCCCAUUCCCCUGAUGAACUGACUGGGAAUCUGUUGUGUUGACCUAAUGCAGCCCCUUCUAACUGAUGUGUGAAGAAAAAUGCUGUGUGUUCAGUGUCUUUUCAAUCAUAAUGUCUGAAUAUCUGUUUCUACUGGUGUUUGUAUUUCUUAAGGAUCCCCAUUAGCUGCUGCCAAGGCAGUGAUAUACAGUUAAAUAAUAACACUGUUCACCACACAUUGUGUUCCUUCAGGCCACUACUCUACUAACACAUAUCUACAAUACAACAUCCAUGUGUGUGUGUAGAGUGCAUGCGGGGUGGAAAAGGGGAAGAGAAGGGUUAAUCACAUUGGAGGACUCAAUUAUACUCCUACACACACACAUACACAAAUCAGCCUGUUCUUCCUCCCUUUACCUUCACUUACCUCUUCAGUGUAAGAUCAAAUGAUUGUGUGUAAUAGUGAUGGAUGAGUGUAAGGAAAAUGUGAUGGAUGAGUGUGUAAGGAUUGCAAGGGAAAUGGUCUAACUGUAUGUGUUACCAAUGAGCCAUACAUUCAAUGUGCACUCCCUGGGCUCUGUUUUAUCAGGAUGUCUGCAACAUCUCCCAUUUAGAGAGAUUUGACCCACCUAUUCUUUUAUCACUACAUCACUGUUGACAACAUGUAUGUGCAUGUAGAAUCUCAGCUUCUUUUCCGUCACUCUUUGCUCAGACACUGAAUGGACACACCAAGUAGCAGUGGUACAAUCAUACAGUCUGGGUAUCAUGGAUUCAUCCACACAACUGUUAUGGUCCCAUUGUGCACAUGGUCAGUGCAGCGAUGUGGAUGUAUAGUGGAAUGGUAGGAGUAUGGCUUCCACUACUCCAGUGGGGAAUGUGAGUAAAGUAUAUGGUUUUGAGAUGAGGGUGGGUGGGUGGUUAUUUUCCCCUAUUCUGCUGUACAUUACUAUUUGCACCUGUUGUUUUAGAGCGCAGAGCUGACUUAGGCCCUGCCCAUGUUAGCCAUGCCCCUGACCAUGUUAGCCAUGCCCCUGACCAUGUUAGCCAUGCCCCUGACCAUGUUAGCCAUGCCCCUGACCAUGUUAGCCAUGCCCCUGACCAUGUUAGCCAUGCCCCUGACCAUGUUAGCCAUGCCCCUGACCAUGUUAGCCAUGCUGCACUGUCCCACUACUUCCAUUACGCACUUUGUCAGUUAAUGCACUACAGCACUGACUAUUCUGUUGUACGUCCCACCUACCACAUGUUCAUAGACCGAUGUUGGAAUGCUAAUGGAAUGAAAGUGAAUGUGUUGAUUGGAUCUUUGGAGUCGUUGUCCCUAUGGUGUCCAUGGCGUUUGACUUUGCCAUGACUUUUGUCAGUUUGAGGGUUUCUUAUUUUCUCUCAUUUUGUUUUUAAAAAUAAAAUAUGUAUAUUACAUUGUUUUAAUGCCAGUGUCCAAAAUUGUAACUUCUUAAUAAAAUGUACUGAGUUGA